AUGAAAAAAACCGUCGGCUUACAGGUGAAAAUCUGGUUCCAGAACCGGCGCAGCAAAUACAAGAAGAUGAUGAAGGCCGCCCAAGUGCCGGGGGGCGGCACGAACAACAACGGCACGGGCGGCGGCCACGGCGGCCUGCUCGGCCCGAAUGCCAACAUGCCGCCCUCCAGUCCCGGCGCCCAGGGGCAGAACAUGAUGCAAGGUAGGAUCAAGAUGGAAGGCGGCGGCUCCUCCAGCGGCAGCCCUGCCACCGGCGGCUACCUGCAACACCCCUCGCCCGCCCCCAGCUCCACCCCCGGCUCGGACAUGUCCUCGGGCGGCGGGGGCGGCCAGCAGGCGGGCAGCCCGGGCGGCGGCCCCGGCCCCGCCUGGCCCGACAUCAAGCCGCCCCACCAGCAGGGCCUGCACGCGCCGCCCCCGCAUCCCGCCCCUCAUCCGCACGCCGCCGCCCAUCCGCCGCCCCACAACUACCUGCCGCAGUACUCGUGGCUCAUUUCGCAAACCAGAAACGGAAAUUCCAUCAGCAUCCUCAUUCCUCAAGUAGCUGGACCAUCAACAAUGAUCAAUCUCCUCGACGAAGUAAUUUAA